AUGGCUGAAGGAGGCUUGCGGGAUGGUGUCCGGUCAGAAGCGCGACUGUUGUUGCACGAAGAAGAUGACUCUUGCCGGAGAAAAAAGCGUGACUCUGGGGCGGCGUGUUUUUUUGUGUAUGGUUAUGGUGGAACUGGAAAGACAUACUUGUGGAGGACUUUAGCUGCUCGGCUAAGAUUGCACGGUCGAAUUGUGCUUUGUGUUGCAUCAAGUGGAAUCGCAUCUCUCCUGUUGCCGGGCGGACGGACUGCACAAUAUUCUCGAUUUGAAGUUCCUAUUUCUGUGCAUGAAAAUUCAUCGUGUGAGAUCAAUCAGGCUAGCCCCCUUGCCAAGUUGAUUAUUCGCUCUUCAUUGUUCAUAUGGGAUGAGGCCCCAACGAUGCAUAAGAAUUGUUUUGAAGUUGUGCAAGCAUCUUUUAAGGCAGUGAUGGGAGCCCUCGACCCGACAAAUCAUCAUAAACCGUUCGGAGGCAAGACUGUUGUGUUUGGUGGAGACUUUCUACAAAUCAUUCCGGUAGUUCCAAAGGGGAGUCGUCAGGAGAUUGUUAAUGCUGCUAUUAACUCUUCUAGCAUUUGGGGAGAAUGUACUGUGCUUAGCCUUACAAAGAAUAUGCGUCUUCGGAGCAUUGGCGAUUCGAAUGAAUGUGACGAGUUGGCCGCUUUUGUUGAUUGGAUAGCGAGCAUUGGAGAUGGAACAUUGGGGGUGAUGGGAGCCCUCGACCCGACAAAUCAUUAUAAACCGUUCGGAGGCAAGACUGUUGUGUUUGGUGGAGACUUUCUACAAAUCAUUCCGGUAGUUCCAAAGGGGAGUCGUCAGGAGAUUGUUAAUGCUGCUAUUAACUCUUCUAGCAUUUGGGGAGAAUGUACUGUGCUUAGCCUUACAAAGAAUAUGCGUCUUCGGAGCAUUGGCGAUUCGAAUGAACGUGACGAGUUGGCUGCUUUUGUUGAUUGGAUAGCGAGCAUUGGAGAUGGAACAUUGGGGGGUAAAAAUGAUGGAUGUUCUCUGAUAGACAUACCAGAUGAUCUAUUACUAGAGUCAUCUGAUGAUCCAAUUGUAAAAAUUGUUGAAAGCACGUUUCCGAUCUUCAAGAAUGCAACCGACGAUCCAAGUUACUUGAAGGAUAGAGUUAUACUUGCGCCAACACUCGAUAUCGUAGAAUCUAUUAAUGAAUACAUGUCGUCGUUAAAUUUGACUGAGGGACGCACGUAUUUAAGUUCAGACAGUACGUGUAAAUCCGACUCCAAUACCGACUUUGUGGCACAACUCCAUACUUCUGAGUUCUUGAACACUAUCAAGUGUUCUGGAACGCCGAACCAUGAAUUGAUUUGA